AUGAAAUUCAAAUACAAAAUACAAAAUUCUUAUGAAUAAAGAACAUAAUAAUCUUUUAAUCUAAUUGAAAAGCAUGGAUAAAUGAUACCUGUAAUAAUUGAAUUGGUUUUAAAAUCGAGAUGGCUAAAAGAAAUUUUUAAUAAACAUAAAUAAUUUUAAAAAAUGAUUGUUAGAGAAACUAUUUCAGUUCAAGAUCUAUUCAAUACACUUAAAUAUAAAUACUAUCCAUAAAUGACACCUACAUUUGGAAUAUUUAUAUAUGUUGGGGGAAAUAAAUUAUUAUUACAUAAUUCAUUUCCAAAAUCUUUAAAAGAAUUUUAUGAAUAAAAUAAGGAUAGUGAUGGUUGGCUUUACUUAGCAUUGACAUUUUAAGAAUGUUAUGGUUGA